UUGUGCGGCAAUAAUCUCAGCGCUGAUAAAGGGCGCGAUUAACGGUCGUCUUAUUUCCGGAAAGGGGACCCGGAGCCUCAAAUGGUAGCCGGCAAUUCGACCGUUGCCGUGUCAAGGUUGAAGAGGGAAGAUUGCAAGCGCACCAAACACGACUCUCACUUCUCCAAUUGGAAGAUUCUGGUUGGCCCUUCUGAUUGGGAAGACUAUUCGCUGGGCAAAGAAGGAGCUGAAAGAUACAGAGUUCAUAACCUCCCCAAAAAGGAGAGUCCGGGUGUCUAUGAACUCGGGAUUUCCGUUUCGCGUACCGGUCUAGGCCGUGAGAUUGGGAAGCUUGACCCCGACUGCAUAGUCCCGGUGUACCUUGGACAAGCUGAUAAUGUGAGGACACGGCUUCAGCAAUACGGUCGUUCAGGUGCGCAUUUGGGCAAUGGCAGCUCAACUGGUCAUCCUACUGACUCUGUGCAAAAGGAAAAGGGGCCAGGAUUGUUUGCAGAGAUACUGUCAAAAGGCUACCCCAUUGCGUAUAGAUGGGCUCCUAUGGAAAAUAAAAGCGACGCACUGAAAACAGAAACUCAGCUCCUUGAUACAUUUGAUUAUGCAUGGAAUACAACCAUUAAUGGAGCAAGGCGCCCUGAUGAUGUCCUUCGAAAACUCAAGAAGUUUUCUUCAAGCACUACGCGAUUUGCUAACUUUGCCGAGAAGCUUCUGCCUUUCAGUCAGAAGAAAGUGGGCAUCAGAAUUGAAUCAAGCAAACCAAUGGGUGACAAAUUUGGUGCUUAUGAUGACAGGGAGAUCCACAAAUCCCCUUUUCGGGUCUUCAAGCUCAGCAGAUCACAGCCUAGGUUGGUUUCAUAUGGAAGCAUUACUGAGGAGAAUACUAGUAUAAUUUGUGGGGUGGUUAUAGGAGAUGGUUCUGUUUGCAGAACGGCACCAGUUCCAGGAAGAAAGAGGUGUGCUGAACACAAAGGGAUGAGGAUUAAUGGGUCAACCAGAGUUGGGAUAUCAAGCAGCAAUGUCGACUCACAGUGCCCCAUUAUUAGCAACCAUGAUCCAGUAGAGCUUCCUCCAGUUGAAGUUCCUGCUAGUGAAAUCUUCGUUCCAAUUUGCGGAUUCAUCUUGGCUAAUGGAUCGCCUUGUGGAAGGCAUCCGAUCCGAGGGCGGAAAAGGUGUGAUGAGCAUAAAGGGAGAAGAAUUCAUAAAGGGGACUAAGCAUUAGGUCUCAGUCCGCCGCCCAACUAACAUCUAGCGUCUUUUAAAACCUACCAUAGUUGUUUUAUCUUCCUUAAAUUAAUUAUAUAAAUUGGAGAAUGUAGGCGUCAAUUUGUUGUUGAUUGUUAUUUAUGCCUUGGAAAUAAUGUUGUAGCUGUCUGUAUUGGUACAUGCCCUUUAAUUUAUUGUUGUAUUGGCCAAAAAAACCAAUAACAUUGUUGUACCAGCUUGUUGUAUUACAUGUCAUUUAUAUUGAACUCAAA